AUGACUGUGUUCAAAGCUAAGAAAGCCGAAAAUGUACAAGUUGCGCUUAUUGCAAGCAGCGGCAGCGCCAAUCGUAAGCUUGAUGUAAACUCGGAGAAUUUUCCAGGUAUCGCUCUUCAUCCUCAGAGAGGUGCCAUGGUGUGGAUCGAGUCAUACGCCAACCAUAACCGGAUCAUGAGUGCCAACAUGGAUGGCACAAAUGUUCGGGUGCUCGUCGAGAAUAAGCUUGAAUAUCCCACGGGGAUAUCGAUUGAUUUGAUCACCAGUAACGUUUAUUUCGGUGAUGUGGAACGGGAGAUGAUUGAACGCGUAAAUAUGGACACCCGUGAGAGGACAGUGGUGCUAACCAAAGGCGUGCAUCAUCCUUUUGAUCUCAAAUAUUUCAACGGGUUUUUGUACUGGAGUGACUGGGCUUCUUCUUCGUUGAAAGUCGCUGAAAUGAGCACUCAUCACAGUUCUGCUCACCUCAUUCACUCGUUCACCGCCUUACCUUUCGGACUCGCUAUCAAUCAUUCAAUGUAUCAGCCAACGCCGUCGUCGUUCCCUUGCCAAUCUAACGACUGUCGAUGGAUGUGCGUUUCGAUUCCCAACGCCGAAGGCGAUCUUCAGGCUAAGUGUCUUUGUCCUGACGGCUACCUCACACUGCCUGAUGGCGAUUGUGGCCCCAUACGCGACUCAGUUGUUCAAGACGACCAAACAAUUCAGGGCGUGGGUGGGUUCUGGAUAAACUCAGAGCUUUUGCAGGACAUUUCUCACGUCGGUGUGGCGUGGAUGAAAGAACGUUGCGAAGCUGGCAGUGGCUGCCUUAACGGUGGCGAGUGCCAAGACGUGAAGAACGAGCACGGUCGUGUAACCAAGAUUGUUUGCAACUGCGUCUCUCCGUAUGAGGGCGAUCGAUGUGAGCGGACAAUCCCUUCAGUGAGUACGCCAACCAGCUCCCGCCAUCCUCUCGACCGUUAUGGUUCACGUUAUUAUUUACGGCUAUUUUUGUCCUGUUCAUCGUUGCUGCGUUCCUGCUAUCCUAUCGUUAUCUCGAACAAAUCAGGUACUCGUGGUAGGGCUGUGGUGAACCUUCCCAGGAAAGGUUCGGGUGUUCUGCGCAAGGAGUUCAGCAAUCCUCUGUUCAAUGACGACAGGUCAUCAACAGGUUCAUCGGCAGAAGAGCAGCCUGCGAAUGAG